CAGCUCCCGCUGGAAGAUGGCGGUGGGGAUGCUGUCUGGAGCCGCAGCAGCCGAGAGCUCGCUCUGCGCGAGAAACCAGCCCCGCUGGAUGUAAAAGAACAAGAUGAACUCCUUCCCCAGCCUUCGCCUCGACGCCUGGACUACUUCAGGGUGUUUUUAGGAGAGUGUCCGCUGCGCUGCCCUCCUUUUUUUCCCCCUGUGCAGAAAUCCGGUCUCCUCGUCGGGGACUCGCACGGUGAUAAAGCUCUAGACUAGACGGGUGGGAGUGAAAAAAGUGGACAAAAAUGUCGGAUACGAAGGUAAAAGUUGCAGUGAGAGUCCGGCCCAUGAACCGCAGGGAGAUUGAACUCAACACAAAAUGUGUCGUGGACAUGGAGGACAACCAGACUGUUCUGCACCCUCCACCCUCCAAUGGGAAAGGGGAAAGCAGGAAACAAGCUAAGGUGUUCGCUUUUGACCACUGUUUCUGGUCCAUGGAUGAAUCCAACAUUCCUAAAUAUGCUGGUCAAGAAGUGGUGUACAAGUGCCUUGGAGAGGGAAUACUUGAAAAUGCAUUCCAGGGAUAUAAUGCCUGCAUAUUUGCCUACGGACAAACGGGUUCAGGCAAAUCCUUUUCCAUGAUGGGAAACGGAGAGCAGCCAGGUUUAAUCCCUCGACUGUGCUGCUGUCUCUUUGAGAGGAUCCACAAAGAGGGGAAUGAGGCCCAUAGUUUUAAGGUGGAAGUUUCCUACAUGGAGAUCUACAACGAGAAGGUCCGUGACCUGCUUGACCCCAAAGGAAGCCGCCAGUCCCUUAAAGUUCGGGAACACAAAGUCUUGGGUCCAUAUGUGGAUGGUCUGUCUCAGCUGGCUGUCACCAACUUUGAGGACAUUGAGGUGUUGAUGUCAGAGGGGAAUAAGUCUCGCACAGUCGCAGCCACCAACAUGAAUGAGGAGAGCAGUCGAUCACAUGGCGUCUUCAGUAUCAUUGUCACACAAACGCUCUAUGACCUACAGUCUGGAAAUUCGGGAGAGAAAGUGAGCAAAAUGAGUCUGGUUGACCUGGCAGGAAGUGAACGAGUGUCUAAGACUGGAGCUGCUGGGGAGCGACUCAAAGAAGGGAGCAAUAUAAACAGGUCUCUCACCACAUUAGGUUGUGUCAUUUCUGCACUGGCUGAUCAAUCUGGAGGAAAAGGGAAGGCCAAGUUUGUGCCUUACAGAGACUCGGUCCUCACCUGGUUGCUAAAGGACAACCUCGGAGGAAACAGUAAGACAUGCAUGAUAGCCACAGUGAGUCCAGCUGCUGAUAACUAUGAGGAGACGCUGUCCACGCUGCGCUACGCUGACAGGGCCAAGAGAAUUGUCAACCACGCUGUGGUGAAUGAAGAUCCUAACGCUCGGAUCAUUAGAGAACUCAGGGAAGAGGUGGAGAAACUUAGGGUUCAGCUCUCUCAGGCUGAGUCUAUGAAGGCCCCUGAGCUGAAGGAGAAACUGCAUGAAUCAGAAAAACUCAUUCAGGAGAUGACAGUUACCUGGGAGGAGAAGCUGAGGAAGACCGAGGAGAUUGCUGGUGAGCGUCAGAAACAGUUGGAGAGCAUGGGCAUCUCUUUGGAGACUUCUGGGAUUAAAGUGGGCGAAGACAAAUGUUUCUUGGUCAAUCUCAAUGCUGAUCCUGCUCUGAAUGAGCUGUUGGUUUACUAUCUGAAGGAGCACACGCGUGUGGGUGCAGACACGUCUCAGGACAUCCAGCUCUUUGGGAUCGGGAUCCAGCCAGAGCACUGUGUCCUGGAGCUUUGCCCAGACGGUGAUGUCACCCUCACGCCCUUGGGGAAUGCCAGGACCUGUGUGAACGGUACAAUGAUCGACUCCUUAGUACACUUGUGGCACGGAGACCGUAUAUUAUGGGGAAACAAUCACUUUUUCAGGAUAAAUCUGCCUAAACGAAAGCGGCGGGACCGUUUGAAGGAGCUAGAGAAAGCCUCUCCCAGAGAGAGCUUUGUUGAGGUGGACGUGGAAACAGCCAGCGAGGCCUCCUCUGAGCAAGACUACAGCUAUGAGUUUGCCCAGAUGGAGGUCAUGAUGAAGACUCUUGGAAAUAACGACCCUAUGCAGAAUGUGGUCCAGGUGUUGGAGAAGCAGUACCUGGAAGAGAAGAGGACGGCUCUGGAGGAGCAGAGGCUCAUGUAUGAACGAGAGCUGGAGUCGUUACGGCAACAGUUGUCUCCUGAGAAAAUGCCCCAGCAUCACCGGAGCAGCAGCGAGCGCCUUACGUUCCCCACGCACACAUCACACGGCAAGCUGCGCCUGUGGACCGAGGAGCGGGAUGAGCUGUUUCGUCAGAGUCUCUCUCGACUCAGAGAGCAGGUCGUCAGAGCCAACACUUUGGUGCGAGAGGCCAACUUUUUGGCAGAGGAGAUGAGCAAACUCACUGACUAUCAGGUCACUCUUCAGAUUCCUGCAGCCAACCUCAGCGCCAACCGCAAACGUGGAGCAAUUGUGAGUGAGCCAGCCAUUCAGGUGCGAAGGAAAGGGAAGGGCACCCAGGUGUGGACCAUUGAGAAGCUGGAGAACAAACUGGUGGACAUGAGAGACUACUACAGAGACUGGAAAGAAGGCGCAGAGGAAAUGUGUAACAAAUCAAACAGUAAACAAUCUGAUCCAUUUUAUGAGGCGCACGAGAACCACAACCUCAUAGGAGUUGCCAACAUUUUUUUAGAGUGUCUUUUUCACGAUGUUAAACUACAAUAUGCUAUCCCUAUCAUCAGCCAGCAGGGAGAGGUUGCAGGCAGAUUGCACGUUGAGCUAAUGCGAGUUAGCGGCACUUUACCGGAGCGCCUGUCUGGGGGAGACGACUCAUCUGAGAACUCCAGUGAGAGCAGUUGCUACGAGGUCAUGGAUACCAACGGAGAGAUUGUCCACAUGGCCAAGAGGCUCACCUGCAGGGUCAGGAUCAGAGAGGCCACAGGGCUGCCCCUCAACCUCUCCAACUUUGUCUUCUGCCAGUACACCUUCUGGGAGCAUGGUGAGCCCACUGUGGCUCCUCCUAUGGUUAGCCCUGAUCAGCCUUCCCCCCGAAGCCCAGAUGCUCAGUUCGUUGUCCAGUUUGAUCACUGCAAGGACUAUAUUGUGCAUGUAUCAGACGAGUUUUUAGAGUUUAUAUCAGAUGGAGCGUUGGCCAUAGAAGUGUGGGGUCACCGCUGUGCUGGGAGAGGACGUUCAGUCUGGGAGUUGGAUGCUCUGGAGGCCAAGACCCAGACGCUCCGAGACAGGUGGAGUGAGGUGUCCCGCAGGAUUGAGCUGUGGGUCUCCAUCCAGGAACUGAACGAGCAGGGAGAGUAUUCAUCUGUGGAGCUGCAUCCUGGAAAAGACAUCAGCACGGGAGGAGUCUUCCAGCUCCGACAGGGCCACUCCAGGAGGCUGCAGGUGUGCGUGAAGCCAGUCCAGAACUCGGGCACCCUCCCUCUGCUGGUGGAGGCCAUACUGUCCGUCUCUAUCGGUUGUGUGUCUGCUCGCUCCACUAAACUACAGCGGCCUCUCGACAGCUACCAGAGAGAGGCGGAAGACGAUAUGGAUAGUUAUCAGGAGGAGGAUCUCAACUGUGUUCGGGAGCGCUGGUCUGAUGCGCUGAUCAAACGUCGGGAGUAUCUUGAUGAGCAGAUUAAAAAAAUAAUUAACAAACAGGAAAAGUCAGAGGAGGACAUUGAGCGUGAAUCUAGGCUGGUGGAGCAGUGGGUUGGUCUGACUGAGGAGAGAAAUGCGGUGCUGGUACCUGCACCUGGCAGUGGUAUCCCCGGAGCUCCUGCGGACUGGACUCCACCUGCAGGGAUGGAAGCUCACAUUCCUGUCCUCUUCCUGGAUUUAAAUGCGGAUAAUCUGACAGUGAACGAGCAGCUGAUUGGGCCUCACGCUGCAGGUGUGAACUCUAUCCUGCCCAAAGAGCACGGCAGUCAGUUCUUCUAUCUGCCCAUCAUCAGGCACAGUGAUGACGAGGUGUUAGCGGUGUGUUCUUGGGAUUCAUCCAUUCAUGAUUCUGUGUAUCUCAACCGGGUCACUUCACCGAACGAACGCAUCUACCUGAUUAUUAAAGCCACAGUGCAGCUCAGCCACCCUGCCUCAAUGGAGGUGGUGCUUCGCAAGAGGAUUGCUGUCAACAUUUACAACAAACAGAGUUUCACCCAGAGUCUCAAAAGAAGAAUGUCCCUAAAGAACACACUUUUUUCCUGCUGUCUGGCUUACGAGAUUGUUUCCAACAUACCAAAGGCUUCAGAGGAGCCAGAGGAGAGGGAAACCCUGGCUCUCAUGGCUGCUCGUGGGGACAGCGAGGAGACUCAGGAUGGAGAAACCUACAUAGAAAAGUACACAAGGGGAGUUCUGGAGGUGGAGAACAUCUUGAGUUUGGAGAGGCUACGACAGGCUGUUACAGUGAAGGAAGCACUGGCUGCUAAGGGGAGACACUUAAGGAGGAGUGUCAGCACACCAAAUGUACAGCAUUCUUCAUGCAGUAAAAUAGACCUGACUGGUUGUGAGGAUGAAGAGUUCAAGUUACAUCAGGAUUACUGUGAUCAUGUGGACAUUAGCAGCUGCAAUCCUCAAGAUGGCGCCCUUUGUAUCACACCCAUCAAAAACAAAGAUAGUGCAGGCUUGGUUCCAGAAAGUCCUACCUUUUUAAGUGCCAGCCCCUUCAAAGUCCUCUCGCCACAGCCGCCGAAAUUCCUCAAGUCUUUGCUUCCUGUCAAAGAGGAGAACAAGACAAAGAAAACCCUGGAGGCCCGGCCUCUACUUGGACAAGAGAGCAUGCGCUCAUGUGUGGACAGCCCUGCACUGCUCCCCUCUCCCUGCUCCUGGCACCGGCCCAGGGCAGGCAGCGAGGGCCACUGCAAGCCUUCCACUCCCACCCGCAGACAGCUCAGCCACACACUGCCACACACUGCUGACUCUGAAGAUGAUGAGACUGAUGUUGCUAUGACUCUGAAUCUAAAUCGAGGCCUGCAGGACCAAAGCAAUUUCCAGGCUUACAUCCCAGAGGACUUUGCAAACUUUGAGGUCUACAAUGCCACUCUGGAGAGCCAGGAUGGGUUUCGCUCUGACUUAAAAGGAAACCUGUGCGGAGGCGGGAGUGGAGAAAGAGAGGUGUCCCGAAGCCCCACGGCCAGCAGCUGCACUAGUGGCUACUUUUCACACAGUGCCUCCAACGCUACACUGUCUGACAUGCCUUUCAGUGCCAGUGAGAGCUUCGACCACCUGAACUUCACCUCCAGGGAGUCUCAUGACGCCCUCGGGUGUCCUGCUGGAAGAGGCUACGCCCAAACCAAAAGUGUCUCUGCAGGCAGUGACACUCAGCAGCCACCUCUGUCGUCUGGUGUGGUUAAUGACCUAGUCAUCCAUCCAGCAUCCACGCCUGUUAGUAUUCCCAAUUGCACAGAUAAGCAGCACUCACUGCCUCACAGUUGUGUUCUCAGUGCCAGCCAGGAGUUCACUGACUUUAAAGGGGCCGAUGACAGUAUUGGAGAGGGCGAUUUAGCUCGUUUUACUGAGGGAUGGGAGCAAGAGGGGUUGGAGUAUUCUAAAAACCACAGAAAGAGACUGGAUAAUGGGAAGAAAUGUGACAUUGACAAUCGGCUCUUAACUGACGUCUCCAGUAAAAUAUCUCCACCUGAAAAUUCAGUAUCCAAAUGUUCUAAUUAUGAAGAUCCUGUCAGUGUUGCUGUGUUCUGCCCUAACUCAACUGUAGCCUGCACUUCAGUCGAAGCACCAAUCUCUGCAACAGACAAAGCUCCCUCUUCACCGGUCCCACCUUCAGCAUCACCAUCUGCAGUCACAAAUCCAGCGACAGCCCCGUCCCCUAGCCCAGCUCCAAGAGCAGGAGGAGAACCUCCGAUCCAGGAGCCGGCCCAGGGAGAUCUGCCCCACGGGAGUCCCUGCCCCAGUCCCAAUCCCAGCAGUGCCGAGCCUUCGGGGGACUCCAGUGGGGAUGAGAGCACCCCUGUUGCUCAGCUUCCUGAUUGGAUGGCACCUGGAGAGCAGGUGUGGGUGGGGAAGAGGAGAGGGACGGUGCACUAUGUGGGAGGAGUGGAGUUUGCAAAGGGGAUCUGGAUUGGUGUGAAGCUGGAUAUGGCAGUGGGUAAACACAAUGGGACUGUGCAGGGAAGAGUGUACUUCCGCUGUCCGCCCGGCCACGGUGUGUUUGUGAAGCCAUCUCGACUCGGCCGAGGGCCUCCCUCCAUGGAGACGGAUCCCCAGACUCUGAUCAGAUAGGACUAAAGACGGGCUGGUAUUCUGAGGAAUAGCAGAGACCCAGAGCGGUCCUCUGACCCUGGUUUGGACCUGGAGCCUGGCUGUCCACCUCGCAAACUCUGAGCUAAUGUAUUCUGUUAAAGUGGAUGCUUUGCUGAAACAUAUCUUACCUGUGCAUUUAAUGAAGGUAUUUUGUAGUUACUGUUCACUGAGAGAGAAAAAAAAAUCACUAUGCACAUACCGAUAUCUGAGUUUUGUAUACGGUCAUAUUUUUAUAGAGGGCUUAACUUUUAACAGGGAACAGAAUAUUACCAACAUACACUUUCUUACAUUGGUUCGGUGCGUUAUAUAUCAUAUUUUUGUAUUACAAUGCAACCCCAUAUCUGAGGCUCAUAAUGGAGUGAUCUGAAAUUUGAAGAUUAAGAAUGUACUACUGUUAAUAAACAUUGAUAUUUACAUCAAUAUGAUAAGUCAGGGCUAACCAAAGAACUAUGGUUCCAUAUCUGCUGUUAUGAAUAAUGUUAUUUUUAUAAUGUGCGCAUAUGGAGGUAUUCACUAUAAAUCAACAUGUCCGAGAAAAGCUUAGUGCCAUAUCUCAAGAACUAAUGCCACAUACCCUGAUCGUAGGACAAAAUCUGCAAAACCUGAGAGCUGCUUUCAGCGUUUGCAGUCGUAAAUUAUCCUGUUGAUGUACUGUAACACUGUGGAGGAAAUAAUCCCCAUCCAGCAUCAGACUGUUGCUGUUUGAAAGCUUGCACUGGAAAGGAUUCUUGGAGAGUUCAUAGACCGUCUUCCGUAUUGGACAGAGGAAAUAGUUGUAACUGAAGAACUGCGUGAUGUCAUUCAGAGCCACUGAACGAAACAGCUCAGCGUUGUCUGAAGCUUGGAUAUGCUGAUUCCUCAUUGGCCUGUUUUCAUAAAGAGAGGCACAUAAACCUCAGAUUACUCGGUAACAAGUUCACAAUGCUACAAACAAAAAUAAAAUGCUUGGACCUGAGACCUGUCCGUGUAUCGUGAGGCUCGGAUGUAUUCAGUAACGCCAUCCUGCCUUGCUGACUUAAUGAUUUGAAUACUUUUUUUUAACUGUAAAUCUGUAUUCAUGUUGACAACUGAAAAGUGUGUAACCGCAAUUUGAAAGGUACUCGAUGCAUAUUUUUUCACAUGGAGGACUGGAUGAAUACCUGACAGUAUUGGGUUUAAAGAAAAUGAUGCAAAACCAGUUUAGAUCAAGAUCUGACUUGUCCUAGGAACUUUAUUUUUAUGGAAGUGGUGAACUGUGGAACUGACUAGAAAUGGUUAAACAUUUAAGCUGUAAUAUCAAGUAAACGAAAGAAACCCAAGACCUUACUUUAAAGAAGAGAAGCUGCUCUCCCUAACGAGGAGUUGUAAAUAGAAAUGUAUUUGAACAUAGUAUUUACACUAUUAUAAUGUACAGAAUUGUAUUUAUAAUGUACCUGUUUUAAUUGAUACAAAAUGUUCUAGAAUAGAACAUUUACAAUCUGCGUGUGUGUGUUUGACUCUUCAUUUCACCUGUCUGUUUGGGCUGAAGUAGAGUAAAUUAGUAAUUUUAUUAUAUAAGUUUUAGUUUUUCUGAAAGCACUGUAACCAUUUUUGGGCUUCAACAGCAAUGGAGAAAAAAAGAUGCUAUUUGAGACUUUUAACUGAUGAAUUAAAAGAAUUUCCAGUGCAAAUAAAAACCCAAUGAAUGGCCUUUUGACAGCAGUAUUUCAUAUUUAAAAAAGGUGUCUGUAAUUUCUAUAAUGGUGUACAUUUU